GCGAGAGGCCGUGAAGACCGUCAUCAAUAUCACAACACCAUCCUCCCUCAUCAAAACAUUCUACUCUUCAACCAGCUUUACAAUUGACUUUCUCCAUUAUACACACCACGAUAUUUUGAAGGAUUAGGUCCUCAAAAGAAACAACUUCCUCCAAGAGCAAAACAUAACCUUAUCCCCAAUCACACCGUUUACAGGAGAACGCGGCAUCACCACAACAGCCCUAACAUUAUCCCUUUCUCUCAAACACCCCGAAAAUGUCUAAACCCUGGAUUCUCCUUUGCCCUUCCUCCCGCGGCAUCGGCCAUGCCUUAACCCGACACCUCCUCCGAACCACCACUCUCCCGAUCCUAGCCACCACCCGCACCCGCGACCCGGAAGAGACCAAAGCCGCCUUACUCAAGGACUUGUUUCCUAAAUCUCAACCUCAACAGUCUUCCCCAACCACCGAUUCCUCAUCAUCCGCCGCCGCCGCCAAAGCUACCGGCCCGGGCGUAGCACCAUCCAGCAAAAUCAGCGAUUCCUCCUCAAGCGAUACGUAUCCUUACCCCUCCCCGCCAGAACACAGCGGCAGCACUUCAUCGACUUCUGCGACACCAGACUCUUCUUCUUCAUCAGCCACACUCUCGUCCGCCGCCGCUGAUGUCUCCUCCCGGCUACACCUCCUCCCCCUCGACGUCUGCCACGAAGACUCCAUCCACGCCUGCGCACAAAAGGCCUCCUCCCUCUUCCCGCCCGAGACGCACCACCUGCACCUAGCCUUCGCCCUGCCCGGGAUCCUCCACCCGGAAAAGUCCGCGGCGCAAGUCGACUACGACCUAGCGCUGGACACGUUUAGAGUAAACUGCCUGGGGCCCCUCAUGCUAAUGAAGCAUUUCGGCUCCUUUUUACCUCGAAAGCGGACAGAGUUUCUCCUUCAAGACCUUCAAGAAGAAGGACAGAUUCCCAAGCACCACGCCACAUGGAUCAACAUGUCGGCGCGCGUCGGGUCGGUAUCAGAUAAUAAGUCGGGAGGAUGGUACUCGUACCGCAGUUCCAAGGCGGCGGUGAAUAGUCUGACGAAAUCGUUUGAUCUUCAGUUGCUGAGUAGGAGUGGGGGAAAAGCGAUUUGUGUCGGGUAUCACCCGGGAACGGUCAAGACGGACUUGAGUAAGGGGUUUUGGGAGAGUAGUGUCAAGAGUGGCAGGAAGUUUUGGGAACGGCCGGAGGAGGCGGCGGGGAAUAUGGCGGGGGUGGUUGCGAAGCUGGAGGAAAGCCAGAGGGGAAGGAUUUGGGAUUGGAAGGGGGAGGAGAUUUUGCCUUGAAAACUGAAAAUCUGAGUGGGUUGAGUGUCAGUGUGUACCUAUCUAUGAACAUGGGAGGGAGGUUGGUGGUUGAGAGAAAAGAAAUUGAAGUGCAUGAGCAAAGAGUGCGAAGUGAUUGUUGGGAUGGUUGGAGUGCAUUAUUGUUAUGAUUAUUUGCCUUUUUCUCUCCGUGAUCUUGGGUUUCGGUCAUGGUGAACAAUCGAAUCUCUAAAAGAUCAUGGGCAUGUAUCUAUCUUCGUUAUUCCCCUUUCCCUUGUACGUAUGUUAUCCAUCACUCCGUCAUGCCUCGUUCAGAGUAUCUACCCAAGCAAAGCACCCACCACCCACCAUGCAAUAAACGGCAAAUCCACAUUCGUUUUUCU